AUGGACACCACCAUGGACUUGUCGGUAGUAGACCUUCCAAAGCAUUUCGUGGACGAGCCUAUCAUCGCCAGAGAAGUAAUGCACGACCUCAAAUUCCCUCGUAUCUUGGUCAACUCUGAGAUUCUAUCCAUUGCGAUGGUAAAGCGUAUGGUGGAUUUGGUCGCUCUACCGGAAUGGACCUACGACAACGUUGCUACCAUCUUUUACGAUGAAUUCCACCGAGAGAUUGACGGUGACACAGUUGAGGCUAUCCUCAAACAAGACUUUAUACCCACCGAUCUUCCUCUCACUCAUGGAGAGCACGUCGUCUGGUCUGAAUCCCCAGCUAUCACCCAUCCAGAGUUUGUGUGCGGCACUGUGAUUCCUUCUGGCAUCUAUUGGCAACUUAUUGAAUCACGUCAAGAACACCCUGCCGUUCUGUCCAAUCUAUGCAUGGAGCGCUGGUCAUUCGAUAUUGAUGAAACAACAAUUGAGGAAAUGAUCGACGAGUGGCUCGAUGAGCUCCCCAGGAAUGAAGACGGUCUUCCCAUUGAGCCAACUGGUGAUCCACGCCCAGUCCAUCCUGGAAGACGCCUCGAAGAGCUUGGAACCGAGGUGACUGAAGCUAUAGACAAAAGAGAAGAGUUUGACAUUCCCCCACCUCUGUAUUCACCAAGACCGACCUGGGGUGGUAAGACAUUCCGGCACCCUCGCGAGAUUGGAGGAUCAGAUACGAAUGGAACAGCGGAUUUGAACAUCCCACCUUUUGCUGCGCUGUCACAGGAUGUGGUAAGCCCACCAGAUUAUUCUGCUGGAGCGUUGCCACCAAAUUUUGAAUCAAUUGAAGCUGGCGCACAGGAUGCUUCCCCAAUCAAUCUGGUACAAGACUUCUUGUCUACAGGACGACGAGGGCGUGCGGCAUCAAGCAGCUGUGAGUUUAUACGACGACCUCCACCAGUCUCGGCGCAGAAGCAUCCAAAUUGGCCUUGCUGUCCGCCAGUCUUGCCGUUCCGCUAUACAAGGGAUGACAUUGUCGAAUACAUCUAUGGGAACCUUCCGGACGGAACUCUCAUCUAUGGCAAUGGCCCAGAUGAGGAGCCUCUUCAAUUCACACGCCCACCAAUUCCAGAAGCUCUUGUUGUUACAACUGGUCGGGUUCGUGAUUACCUGAUGGCGGCUGCCCAUGCCCGAAAAGAUUCUGUCAAUCGAUCAAAUACUCUCAUAUUCAAACAGAUUGACACACAAGAUCCCACACCGUGGGCGGAAAUUGACGCGUGUUUUCACUCUACGGUGGAGCUUCUGUUCGACAUCUUGCAGAACAACCUGGCCCAUGGAGCGGUAAAGAUUCUUUACGACUCUAAACUUCCACCCUCGACUAACGUUCGUGAACUUGUGAAUCAUUUGCGAGUUCACCGAGGGUUCGAGCGAUUGCACUUUUGGGAAGACAACACGAAAUUCCUAAUGUCGAGCGUUUUGGAAUUGCUUCAGUGGUCAGGCAACCCUGCCAUUUUGGAAAUGCUGAGAGUAUACGAAGAGGAUUUCCCAUGGAAAUUUUCAAAACUGUCAACUCUUCUUGUACAAGUUGCCAUGCGCAUGCUGGGUGGACAACUCACUGCCGAAGAACAUGAUGAUCUGGGCUCGCUUCUUGGUAGUGGGACUACUAAUCCAGGUGGCCACUCUAUGGAUUUGGACGGUACAGAUGAUCAUCUGGGUUCACUUCUCGGUAGUGGGACUGCUAAUCCAGGUGGGAACUCUAUGGGUUUGGACGGUACAGUCGAUGACACAAUGCAAUACCCCCAUCGACCAUCUGCCGGCCCGUUGAGCUUUUCGGCUGUCAACAGUGUCCAAGAAAAUGGCGAUGUGGGUAUGCAGGACUCUGGCGACGCUACUCCCGCAAGAGACUCACCUGAGCCCGAGGAGGAUCAAGAUCCAGAAGCUAUUAGCGCACGCGAUGGAUCGAGACGUCUGCAAUCUGCUGAACGCGGUGUGAACUUCACUAACAGCUCUCUGCCUUCAGCACGGGUUGCCCGUCAUCAACGCAUUUUUUACCGCCUCUCUGACUGGUUGACGCUUCUAACUGACAUCCCCGAGAAUAGAGAUGCCGGAGACGUAAUCGCUGACAAGUUGCUAGAGUAUGAGGCAGAAAUCGCUGAUCUCGAGGCAUAUAAAACUUACAAACCACGUCUCUGGUCCUUGGGCCAUACUAUCGAAGAACUAUUGACUGAUCUCGAGGUGGCUACCUUUGCUCGAAUGUACUCGGUGAAUGGGGACGGUAUCCUUCACUGGGAGUCUCGCUUUAUCAAUUGGCUCGCGAAAUGGAGUGAGUGUCUGCGACGAGACGCGAAUGAGGUGAGCUCUGAAUAUUAUUUGCUGACACAUGGCCAGCUCCGAAUGAUGCAUUUACCACCUCGACCUUUCGAAGCCCGGCCUAUCGUCUUACACCGCCAUAUUGUGCAAGACUUGGAAUAUGUCCUCGACUGCUGGGACGGACUGCGCCGAGGCCCAGUCUGGACUCCUAUGAGGGAGCAUCUGGAAGCUCUUCACGCGCGCGUCAAUGUCGGACCUCGCCCUAUACCUACCAUCCUCUUGGACAUCCGAUUCAAAUUCAACACGGUUCUGCUCACCCUGGACUCAUGCCAUAUUGUUCGAGAGCCCGCGUUCCCACACUUUCCACCCGGCGUUCACCCUUGGACUCUGGAAGACGCGUUCGACCUGGAGGCAGGCUUUAUCCGACCCUCCGGCUUCCACUGGACCCAAGGCGUCUUCGGCACACCCGUGCCCCCAGAUGACACAGACCAGCCUCCCAAUCGCCCAAGUGAUAUGGGACAGCACCGCCGCGACGUCUUCCACUUGGCCAUGCAAAGCGCGUUCGAGUGUACAAAUGUCCACAUGCACACUACACCUACGUUGGAUACCAUGGAUCUUGAUCUCUGGGACGAUCCAAUGGCGACCGCCGAUGAUGACGGUGUAGGCUCAGGUGGCUCGCCCGAAACCGAUAUAGGCGAUGAUGGUACCUUUCCCUUCACCUUCGGCAUCCUUCUUCCUCGACCUGUCCCUGAACUCUCUGGCUUGCCAGAUUAUGAAACUGAUGAUGAUGGCGAGUACGAAGAGGACGAUGAUGGAGCAAUGGACCUCGGAUCCCCCUUGUCUCCCACGACUCCAGACUGGCAUCAACAUCUACCAUGA